AUGCUGGGGACACUCUGCACUCUCAUCACUGCUCUAACAUGUGUCAGUGGUGUGACUGUGGUGACACAGAAGCCAAUUCUUGUAACGGUGAGGAAAGGAGAGACGGCCACUACGGCCACUCUGGACUGUAACCUGGGGACUGUUGAUAAUAUUGCUGGUUGGUAUAAGCAGGUUCCAGGAGGAGUCCCUCAGUACGUGUUAAGGUGGUACCACACUGGUUGGAGCUCUGUAGAAUAUGGUUCUGGUUCCUCCUCUCCUAAAUUCACAUUUAAUCAUCAGUCUAAAUCGGAUUAUUGUUUGAUUAUUAACAAUGUGGAGGAGACAGACUCAGCAGUGUAUUACUGUCAGACUCAAAAUGACUCUGUGGUAUUCGGACAAGGAACCAAGCUCUUUGUUUACUCUACCCUCCCUCCGCCUGUCUUGACCAUCUUCCCUCCGUCCAGCGAUGAGUUGAAGUCCAGCAAAGUCACCCUGGUGUGUCUGGCCAGUCAGAUGGCCAUGGGCUACGCUGAUGUCAGCUGGACCGCGGGAGGGAAUCGGGUCACCGGCGGCAUCGCUACGAGUGGCCCGGUGCCGCAAGCCGACAAGACGUUCCAACUCAGCAGCUGUCUGACCGUUGACACGUCAGAAUGGAACCAGGACAAAGUGUUCUCAUGUAAAGUCACCGCGGGCUCCAAGUUCGCUGAGAAAGACAUCAAGAAGUCUGUAUGCAGCACUGAAUAGCCUGAGAACCAUUGUAAUGUCCAUUUGAUUUUCUACAUCACUUUUCAAGUUAUUGUUAAUGCAUUAGAAGUUUAACCUGCAUAUAUACAAUAUGUUCCAUAAAAGAUAAAUAGCUAAUCACACUGAUAUCAUAGGCUACAUGAUAAGUAGACUCUGUAUAUUUGAAAUGGGUUGCUUUGCAGAUGUAUAAUAGAGGAAUAGUUAGAGCUUUGCUGUAUUGUGGAUAUUAAAUAAAGAACAUUCUAAA